GAUUCAAACCCAUGCCUCCUGACUCCCAAGCCUGUGCUCUUUCCACUGAGCCACACUGCUUCUUUAGUGGUUUAGUCCCAAACCACUCGGCAUCCCCAUGCGACUUAGAGCACGAUUAAAGGGGAGUAGGGGGUGGGGGGAAUCUCCACAGCCCCUUCACCAAGGAGAACCUCAUCUUUAUUUUCAGGGUUUUUUUUCGGGAGGGGAGAAUUCAUUAUGCUCCAUUCCUGCCUUUUGCGAUUCGCCCUCUGAGCACCUCGGGUCUCGUGCUCCAGAUUAGGUGCUCGCCCCCACAGCCGGUGGUUUUCAGACCAUAGCUAUGAAGCGUGCCGUCGGACAACAUCUCAGAGAAAUUGCAGAUCUUCAAGAAAAGCUCUUUUCCUCUGAGGGGACUGUCCAGAAGCUCUUGAAUGUGAUCCAGGAAAAAGACGACUUAAUCGUCCAGCUGAAGCACCGGAGCCAGCUGUUGAAUAAAAUCUGCAGGAGCCGUCCCCUGCUGGACAACCUCCUCUCCUGUAUGGCCGAAGGCGAGCGCCUGGGGACUUUCUCAGGAGCGGAAAGCCCCGCCGGUUCUCCCCUUUCCGACAGGCAGCAAGAGACAGACCGUGUUGCCAAUCAGCUCUCUAACCACAAGGACUUCUCUCUCAGCGAGGAUGAUCUGGAUGAUCAGGAUUUGGACAAGACUGUGUUCGGAACCACGGUGUGAAUGCUGGGAUUUGAUGCCUGCUGUCUUUGGAAAUGUCAGCGGGAUCUUCAGACAGGCCCCCGUCUCCCGAUCGCGUGUAGAGCAGCUCCCAUUUGGGAUCGGGUGUGGGCCUUUAAGACUGGGGAAGGACUUGAUGUCUCACCUUAGGAUUCUGGUCCUGAUUAAGAGCAGAUGCUGCUUUUC